GGAAAAGGGGGAUUUCCUUGCUUUUUUUCCUUGACAGGCGAAUGAUAACACCACCACGGCCCUCUUCCUUCAUCGCAGCUUGUUACAAACGCUCUAGAAAAGUAGUUUGUAGCUAGAGAGUACUUCCUUUAUGUGCCACUGGGAGCGACGGGAGGAUGGCAGAUGACAAGGACGUGCUGCGAGAUGUUUGGUUUGGUCGGAUUCCGACCUGCUUCACACUUUACCAGGAUGAGAUCACAGAGAGAGAGGCCGAACCCUUCUAUCUCCUCCUACCAAGGGUGAGCUACCUGACUCUGGUCACAGACAAGGUGAAAAAGCAUUUCCUGAAGGUCAUGAAGGCCGAGGACGUAGAGGAGAUGUGGUUUGAUUUCGAGGGAACGCCACUCAAAUGGCACUAUCCAAUCGGAUUGCUGUUUGACCUGCAUGCCUCCAACACUGCCCUGCCCUGGAGCAUCACUGUGCACUUUAAGAAUUUCCCAGAGUGUGACCUGCUCCACUGCCCCUCUAACUCUGUGAUCGAGGCCCACUUCAUGUCCAGCAUCAAGGAGGCGGACGCCCUCAAACACAAGAGCCAGGUCAUCAACGACAUGCAGAAGAAAGACCACAAGCAGCUGUGGAUGGGCCUGCAGAACGAUAAGUUUGACCAGUUCUGGGCCAUGAACCGUAAGCUGAUGGAAUACCCCACAGAAGAGGGAGGCUUCCGCUACAUCCCCUUCAGGAUAUACCUGACAAUGAGUGACAGGCCGUUCAUCCAGAAGUUGUUUCGCCCCAUCUUGCCCGAUGGCCACACACACACACUGGGGGAUCUGCUGAAGGAGGUGUACCCCGUGGCGAUAUCCAACGAUGACGAGUCCAAGCGCUACCAGGUGGUGAUCCAUGGGAUUGAGCCCCUGCUGGAGACCCCGUUGCAGUGGCUGAGCGAGCACCUCAGUCACCCCGAUAACUUCCUCCACAUCAGCGUCAUACCCGCGCCUAGCGACUGACACCCCUGGCAAAGUUUGGUAACACCCGGCAACUGGGAAUGUUGCAAACUCCGAACGGACUCUUUAGAGAGCAGGAAAACCCACGUGACUGGGGGGACGAAGAGUGACGCAAUCGCAGUGUGACGUCAUCUCAUUCAAGUUGUCCCAAACAGGAGCCCACCGGAGAAAAUGUACCCUUCUCUGUUCUCUUCAUCUCUUUUCCUCUCCUCCUCCGCCCUCCUUCUCUUUUGGACCUUUACCUGUUUGGGGAAAGUUGUUCUGCCCAAAAUGUGGAAGGCCUAACUGAAAGAGAGAUCAUCCGUUAAAAAAGAGAGGCAGGGAGAUUCAGCUUACCACCACCUCUCUCCUCUUCCUCCUCCUAGAGAAAGAGACAGGGCCCAGACAUGCCUAGUGGGACCCCCUACAGACAGAAGUUGCCUUAGUUUUCCCAAGUCACGUCAUGCGCUAAACGGCUGGACGUUCAUAAAGUCACACUGAGUUUACAUGGUUGUACUGUAUGCCACUGAGGAGUGAAAGGGGAUUUUUAAAGACUUCAUUCUUUGUCUCUCGCUCUCUCUGUCUGUAAAUUCUCCAUCUUCCUCUCUCACUGUAUUUCCUGUCUCUUUCUUCUCUCUCUUCCUCCCUCCCACUCUUUCUCUCUCAUGUGUCAUUUACUGCCGAUGCUCUCUCAUCUCCAUAGCUAAUUAUCUAUUGGAAUUCCUCCUGCUGCUAAUGAGACCGCUAAACUCCUGUCUCCAUGCCAAGCCUUGGGGUUGUGUGUGUCUGUGUGUUGUAAUUAGAGACAUCAUUUAUAGUCUCCUAGAGGGGCAUGGAGGGGGUGAGGAAGGUGUGAAGAGUCCGAAUGGAAUCCUGUCUGUCUUCUCUCUUGCGUGUCUCGUGUCAAAGGGAGACGGAGCCAGACAUGUAAUUUGGAGUGUGUUGUUGCAGUCGGAGGGGAGGGAAGCUUGUGAUGAUGUCACACCUGUCUCAGCACGUCAGGCUUCCUCAUUCGCCGCCUAGGAGGAUGGGAAUAGGGGAGUUUACAGCUCUGAGUCGGGGCUGGGCUCGACGUGGGGUACGGUCUGAAGGGUAGGCGUGUGGGUAUGUACACGUGUGUGGGAGUUUACAGCUCUGAGUCGGGGCUGGGCUUGACGGGGGUACGGUCUGAGGGGUAGGCGUGUGCAUACGUGUGUGUAUGUACACGUUUGUAUGGGUACUUUUUACACAUUUUGUUACAAAGUUGGAUUAAAAUGGAUUUCAUUGUAAUUUUUGGUCAAUUUGGUCAAUGAUGUACACAAAAUACUCUAAUGUCAAA